GGAUUUGUAACGAAGAAAAAGAGGGGUUAUAAUACAUUUAGACAAUGUAAUAAAAGAAAUAAUUUAUUAAAAUGAAUAAACCAAGGCCAUGUGGUUGCAAAAAUCUUAGAUCGUGUUACAUUUGUGAAAGUGAUUAUAAUAUUAUUAAAUAUAAUAAUAAUGGUUGGUUGUGUGCCUAGAUAGAGGUAAACAAGUACUUAUUUGCAACGAAGAAAAAGAGAGGUUAUAAUAAAUGUAGACAAUGUAAUAAAUGAAAUAAUUUAUUAAAAUGAAUAAACCAAGACCAUGUGGUUGCAAAGGUCUUAGAUCUUGUUACAUUUGUGAAAGUGAAUAUAAUAUUAUUAAAUCUACUAAUAUCAACGUAGAACAUGGCAAGUAUGUAUAUUGUCACAUCUGUGAUAAAGCUUGGCCAGGUUGGAAUCCUGAAGAUAACUCCCAUGAAAAUCAUUUCGCUCAACCAAUACAGUAUCCGGGUAUUUUUAUCAAAUCAGAUUUUUUAUCCGAAACUGAAGAAAAUGAGUUGGUCAAAUGCCUUGAUGCUAUGCCUUGGGAUUCAUCCCAGAGUGGAAGAAGAAAACAGAAUUUUGGCCCAAAAUGUAAUUUUAAAAAGAAAAAAAUUAGACUGGGAACAUUUGAGGGAUUUCCUUUGAAAACACAAUUUGUUCAAAAUAAAUUACAGUCUAUACCAAUCAUGAAAGGAUUCAAAACUAUAGAACAAUGUAGUUUAGAGUACAAUCCUGAAAGAGGAGCAUCUAUUGAUCCACAUAUUGACGAUUGUUGGAUAUGGGGGGAAAGAAUAGUUACUGUUAACUUAUUAGCUGAUUCCGUACUUACAAUGACCUAUAAUAAUAAACCUCAUAAAUAUAAUUUAGAUUGUGUUAAGACAUAUCCUUCUGUUCUAACAGAAAAUGGAAGUAUUAAUGUUAGUGGUGAUAAUUACAACUUAAAAACAUCAAACUGUGAUAAUAGACCAGUUGUUAGAAUUCCAAUGCCCCGAAGAUCAUUAUUAAUAAUGUAUGGUUCAGCAAGAUAUGAUUGGGAACAUCAAAUAUUAAGAGAGGACGUAAAAACCCGUAGAUUAUGUCUAGCUUACAGAGAAUUCACACCCCCUUAUUUAGAAUUUGGUGCAAAAUAUGAAGAAGGAAAACUAAUUUUGGAAAAAGCUAAAUAUUUUUAUGAUCCAUAACUGUGAAAGUUGAAUAAAAUUUGUUACAAAUCAUGCAGUUUGGUUACAUUGUUUGUUUAUUGUCAUCAAACCGUUAGCAUGAUUGAAGAAGUGAUAUAUUAGACAAGUACAUCUGCAUUUGAAAAUAUAAAAAAUAUUCCACUCGAGUUUUAUUUAAUGAAUUUCCUAAACUUUUACUAGAUCAGGAGCUGGGUACAUUCUUGUAUUACUGUAAACUAGAAAUGAAACAGUGUAUAAAGUGAAAAAGAGAAUCAAAUUACUACUGCAGUGUCAACAAGACAAAAAAUAUUAUUGACAAGAUUAGUAUCAAAUGAGUAAAGAGCAGAAACAUCGACGUUUACAGUCUCCGAAAAAUUAACCUCGACAGGGAAUGUAGGUCAUGUUAAUCUUAUUUCGAGAUACUGAAGACCUCACCUAACCAGCUUUAUUGUUGUUUUUUAAGAGCUUCAAGGAAAACGUGAAAGUCGUUUAAUAGGGCCACGAGCACCGUUGUUAACAUCAUUUAUACAUAGGAGCUGUUUUCUGUUUAAGAGAUCUAUUAGAAGUUUUUUAUCGCCUACACAACUUUUCUUAUAACCUUCAAAAUAUUCAUGGGAAUAGAUGAAUUAACGUAGUUAUUGAAAUUAGUGAAUAUAUAAUUUCAGCUUUAUUAUAUCUGUAGUGUGACUCUUCCAUCUACCAAACUUAUAUUUACUAAUGCUUCUAGAUGUUCUUGAUUUUAAGUAUUUUCCUUUUUAAAAUUAGUUUUUUUGAUAAUUUUGGAAAGAUUUAUAAAAAUUGACGUUUGGAAUUAGUUAUAUUUCCUUUAUGCAUUUUCCAUUUUCAUUCUAAAUCAGUUGUCGAUUCAUAAUAGGACAUAAGUAAAGUUCCAUUUUCGGACUCAAAUUAGUACUGUAAAGUCGAUGAAAAAAUAGUUAUUGGUAUGCCAAAGACUGAAAGUGCUACUUUGUUGGACUCGUCUAACAAAGUAGUAUUUUAGCCGCGGCGUACACAACAUUUUUUAGUUGACGCAUAAGAAUGUAACAAGAAUUCUAUUAUAUUUUCUCUGGUUAAA